UGCGGCACUGGAGGGCACCGUGGCUAACAGAGCUCUCCCUUUCUCCCCCUGCCAGGCACGCAGAGCCACCAUGCCGAACUGGGGAGGCGGCAACAAGUGCGGCGCCUGCGGCCGCACCGUUUACCAUGCUGAGGAGGUGCAGUGCGACGGCAGGAGCUUCCACCGGUGCUGCUUCCUCUGCAUGGUCUGUCGGAAAAACUUGGACAGCACAACUGUAGCGAUUCAUGAUGCUGAAGUUUACUGCAAGUCUUGCUAUGGAAAAAAGUAUGGACCAAAAGGUUAUGGAUAUGGUCAAGGGGCAGGAACGCUGAACAUGGACAGGGGAGAGAGACUAGGCAUCAAGCCUGAGAGCACACCCUCUCCCCACCGACCCACAACAAAUCCAAACACUUCAAAGUUUGCCCAGAAGUUCGGAGGGGCAGAGAAGUGCUCCAGGUGUGGUGAUUCUGUGUAUGCAGCUGAGAAAGUAAUAGGAGCUGGAAAGCCAUGGCACAAAAACUGCUUCCGAUGUGCAAAGUGUGGAAAAAGCCUAGAAUCUACAACUCUAACUGAAAAAGAGGGAGAAAUCUAUUGUAAAGGUUGCUAUGCGAAGAACUUUGGCCCCAAGGGAUUUGGGUACGGCCAGGGAGCAGGUGCCCUUGUUCAUGCCCAGUGAGGAGGCAUGGCUCAACACCCCUUAUGGCUCUGCUGAGAUCCUGCUACAAGAACCAAGAGUUUCCUAAAUGUUACUAACUACUGUGAAACAGCUACUAGUUACUGUAGUACUUGGGCAGACAUUCAGCAGAUGAUUAGUGUUUUUAAAAAGCACUGCUUUUUUCCUUGCUUUGUGUAUCACACUGUAACACUUUUAAUACUGAGUAUCAAAUUAAUAAAGCUUUGCUUAUUGAUAUAUCUUAAA